AUGGCGUUGAACAGGGUCGGAGAUGAUAAUCUCUAUAUUGGAGGGUUAAUGGCCCUGAACAAUAAGCUUGCCAUUGAAAGAGAAAACAUUACCCAUACAGUGACGGUAUUACGCAUAAACGUAGACGAAGAACGGUUUAAACCCUUCAAGGAACACUUGCAUAUCCCAGUUGAUGAUGUUGAGGAUGAGGAUCUCUUGCAGCACUUUCCAACCACAAAUGCGUUCAUUCGGUCAGGGCUCGAGAGUGGAACUGGAGGCGUGCUCGUUCAUUGUGCAAUGGGCAAGUCCCGCUCGGCGACUGUAUGUAUAGCAUAUCUCCUCCGCAAGGACCCUGGUGCCCUGACGCCCAGAGAGGCCUUGGAUCUUAUUCGCUGCUCCCGGCCGCUUUGCGAGCCGAAUGAUGGCUUCAUGGAGCAAUUGGAGCUUUACCACAAAAUGGGAUGUCCAGACAACGUCGUUGAUCAUCCCGUCUACCAGCGUUGGCUAUAUCAACGAGCCGUGCAGGACAGUGUAGCUUGCGGAAAGGGGCCUGAGCCAGAUGAGAUCCAUUUUGAAGAUCAAGGGAUAAAGAGCAACUCCGACAAUGGUAUUAAGGACCCCGUGGGUAGAAUGGAGAUUAAAUGCCGAAAAUGCAGACGGCAACUCGCCACACUACCAUUCAUCAUCCAACAUACCCCGGGAAACAAAGGCGUCGCGUCCCAGGCGCAAGCUAUUACUCCGAUAUCAUCUCCGACUCCCACGUCCUUACCGCCAUCAACAUGCGCCCACAUCUUCCUCCACCCACUCACUUGGAUGCGUCCGUCGCUUUUUCCGUCCUCUCCAGAACCAAAAUCUCCUAACUCACCAUUGGAUCCAAACACUAACCCUCCACUCUCCGGCCGCCUCACAUGUCCAUCUAAAUCCUGUGGUGCGAAUAUAGGUAAGUUCGCAUGGGCCGGUAUGCCUUGUAGCUGCGGAACAUGGGUUGUGCCAGCCAUAGCACUAGCGAGGGCGCGAGUUGAUGUAUUGGAUGCGAAUAUGACGAAAGGCAGUGCGGCUGGUGGUGUGGGUGUUGGGAUUCGAAUGCCCCCUGGUAUGAUUCGAGCGCCUGUGGCUGACGCUAGGGCUGAAAUGGGAGAUGAUGAGAGUGGGAAGGGGCUUUUAUGA